AUGAACUGCAUCCUGUGUUUUAAUGAGGCUAGUGACAGUCAAUUAAUAAGUGUAACUGAAAGAAUCAAUGAUUCAAAGACAUUAGAUCAAGCAAUACGAGAAAGUAUUGAAUGUUCUUUUCUUAUCCUUAAAAACGAUCUAUCUGAUCAACAAGUCUGCUUAACUUGCUUAAAUUGCUUCAAAUCCUUUUAUGAACUUCUAUCUCGUGUCCGAAUUAAUUAUAAAAUUGUAAAAGUCAAGGAUGAAGAGAUUGAUACAUUCCCAAUUAACUUCUGUGAGAUUACAGAACCAGAAGAAAUUAAUAUUUUUGAUCCUGAAAUUGUUAAAUAUGAUACAGCCAUUGAAUUACGUGAUUGUGAGGUGAAAAUUGAGAGAUUUGAUAAAACUUCCAAAGUUGAGGAAGAAGACAGCCAUAAAGAAACCCAAAAGAAUAGAAAAGAAGACGAAAGUGACUUUGAAUGGGAAUUGGAUGAAUCGAUAAAGCAAAAUUGGGAAGUUGCGAAAAAUAAAAAUGAAGAAAAAACACUUAGAGAUGAGAUUAAGGUUUUGGAAGUAAAAUCAAAGAAGAGAAAAAUCGAAAGCAACAGUGAUGAAACUGACGAUUCUAAUUUAACAGCUGAAGAAAGAAAACAAAAGGCUCAAACUUAUGUGAGAUACAUUCGUCAAUGUGAUCUUACCCCAGAGAUUUUAGAAUCUAAGCAAAAAUUUGUUAUGAUUGACGGCAUUGAAUAUAAAGUUCCAAGAAGGCCUCUUAAAUCAUGGAAGGAACCGAAGGCUGAAAAGGAAGCACCAAAUGUUAAUAAACGUCCACACAGAUCUCAUGACCCUGAAGGAGAAGAAAAAAUUAGAAACUUCGUAGAAGUCAAAUGUCACAUCUGUAACGAGAAAUUUGAUGCAUUUUGGAGAAUUCGGAAGCACUUUAAGCGAUUCCAUCCCGACGAGAAAGGUUAUCUUAUGUGCUGUAAUCGAAAAUUCACAAGGAGAUAUGCUCUGCUUGAUCAUAUUGAGUGGCACGAUAGAUCAAAAGUUCAUUGCUGUGAGACGUGUGGCAAAGAAUAUAAAACGAAGAAAAUUCUCCAGCAACAUGUCAACAUCGUUCAUCUAAAAAUCGUACCUAAUUAUGAAUUUAUGUGCACACAAUGUGGUAAAAUUUUUAAAACAAGCAGUGCUUUGAAUACUCAUAUAAAUGUCAUGCAUAAAGAAGGUGACGGUAGAACAUUUGAAUGCUUCGUUUGUCAUCGAGAGUCAUUUAAGAACGAGUAUACACUCCAACGACACAUGAAAUAUCUUCAUGAUCCCGAUAGUCCAAAGUAUAAAACGACAAUUUGUCACAUUUGUUCAGCCAUUCUUAAAGUCGUGUCAAUGAAACAUCACAUGCGAGCAAAGCAUUCAAAUGAGAUCAAAGAAAAAGUGAAAUGUGAAAUUUGUGAGCACUGGAUUGUAAAGACAUCUAUGAAGCAGCACAUGGAAAAACAUAAAAAUAAUACUGGAGCGGAAUGUGAUGUUUGUGGCAAGUUCUUUAAAUCCAAAUUGAGCGUAUACAAGCACAAAACUAUCGUGCAUUCGACUAAUUACAAGUUCCAAUGUAGUUACUGUGAUAAAAAGUUCCAUCGAGAAGUGAAAAUGAAAGAACAUAUUGCUGUGCGACAUACACGAGACUUUCCGUUUAAAUGUCGUGUGGAUGGUUGUGGACGUGAGUUUCGUGCUGAGGCUAAUUGGAAAAUUCAUGAGAAAAAGGCUCAUCCUGAAGAAUAUGACAAGUAUUUUAAGCCACAUUAUUUGAGAAGUCCGACACAUCCAUUUCCUGACGAUUCUUCUAGUAAUAAUGUGGAUCAAAAUGGAUGUACGCAAAGUUUACAUGCUUUGAAUUUAUAA